AUGUCAGACCCGAAGGAAGAGGUCGCAACGGCCGCGGCUGGAACCUCAGUUGACGUCAAGCCUGGCAUCACCUCGCCUGCAAUCGACGGCGACAACAAGACCGUCACCAAGCACGGAUUGGAAGACACUCAAGUAGCUCAAGACAGCCCCAGCAAGAAGCCUCGCGUCGAAGAAGCGAGUGGCAACAACAAGGUCCUCCCUACCCCUCCCAACGAGGCAUCCGACGCCAUCGCCAAGGACCCCGGUGCUAAGGCUCCCAAGCCUCGCAUCAAGGAGGUCUACGAGGUUCCUCUUGGGCGCCGCUGGGUGAAGUACGUCCGUCCCCCUGCGCCCAAGGUCAAUGGCACAUGGCGCGUGCUCGUCGCACACCACCGCGCCGCCGAUGGCGACCUGCUCGAAAAGUUCCUCGAGAUCGACACCUUCCUCGAGAUCAAGCACGCCGGACUUCGCGAGUGGCUCAAGCAGCGCUACCCCUCGUGCUUGAAGCUGUACGACUACCCUCCUGGAAUCCGCAGGGCGUGGGAAGGGCUUGAGAAGGAUCCGAGCCCCGCAGCUCCCGGCGAUAAUAAGGAGGAAGCUCCCGCCACUGAGACCUCUGCCGACAUGACUGAAGAUGACGACUGCGAAGACGACAGUGACAGUGACGAUAAGAUCGACGCUGAAAGUGACUCUAGUGACGAAUCGGCUGAACCCACUGGUUUGCAGACUGCGCUCGGCGUGCUUGUCAAGUACCUCGACGACAAGGCGGGGUCGCAUCGUGUUCCGUCUGCUGUGGUGGAUCUUCACCCCGGGCCUGGAAGUGUCCACGACAGACAAGAUGACCGGCUUGCCUACCGCUUACCGCUCAUCUCCGAUCUCGAAGUCUCCCCUCUGACUCCGGAGGGGAAGGUAGCUUUGGCCGACCGCGGUAGGGUCUACGCGAGCAAGUACGCCAGCAUCGUGCACGCCAGUUACACCGGCUCGAUGUACGUGAUGAACCCCAGCACUGGUCGCUACCAUGCGCGCCCCGGCUCGGGACGUGUCAUUGUCGACGUCGGAACCCACAGGCAGGACUAUCCCUACGAGGACAACUACGGCGAGCAGCGCCGCUCGGCCCCCAAGGUCACCCUCAACGACAAGUACCUGCACCUGCUGCCUCCUUCGAUCAAGGGCUUUCACUUGAAGCACAAGAUCUGGGGUCAGUUCGUCAUUACACGCCUGCAGGACAUCGAGUGGAAUGACAUGGCAUUCAAGCAUCUCGUCAUCUCGGACACGUACCGCAACAUCGUCCAGUCGCUCUGCGAUGUGCACACUGGCACACUGGGUGCUGGGCUCGUCAAGGACAUUGUGCCGGGCAAGGGUGAAGGCGUCAUCAUGGCGUUCCAUGGGCGCCCCGGCACGGGCAAGACCCUGACUGCCGAGGCAGUCGCGGAGCAUCUCAAGACGCCACUGUACAUGGUUUCAGCGGGCGAGCUCGGCACCCAUGCGCUCGAGCGCAAUCUGCAGAACGUGCUGCGCCUCGCGACGGCGUGGAAGGCCGUGCUCCUGAUCGACGAGGCGGACAUUUUCCUGCAGCGUCGCUCAUCGACAGACCUCGAGCGCAACACCGUCGUCGGUACGUUCCUCCGCCUGCUCGAGUACUACAACGGCGUGCUCAUCAUCACGACCAACCGCAUGCACGACAUGGACGAGGCGUUCGCAUCGCGCUUUUCGCUGAUCCUGCCCUUCGAGGACUUGCCGCCCGCGUCGCGCCGCCAGAUCUGGGCAGGACGCUGCCGUUCCGAGCUCGAGAAGCCCGAAGCCGAGUUCGAUCUCGACGAGCUCGCCGCUGCCAACAUCAACGGGCGCGUCAUCAAGCAGGUUGUGCGCACGGCGCAGGCACUCGCGGUGGCGGCCGGUGGCAGCCUGCAGAUGGAGCAUCUGCGCCAAGUUCUGCGCUUGACCGACUGCCAGACCGAGUAG